GCGCCAAAAUCUGUAAUAUUUAACAUUUUAUCACAACAUAACAUUGCUAUUGACGGUCUACUCUAGAUCUAGAUAUAGAUUUCUCGAGUCUAGAUCGAAUCAUCGUCUAGUUCAGAUCCACAUGCUGUCUAGAUUAGACUAGACUCUAUAUAGAAUUCUAGGAUUAGAAGUUCAAGGAUGCAACAGGGGAUUCAAAGAAGGAUAUUACAUGCUUUGUUACACUUUGUAAAAAAUAUGUAUAGUGCGGGUGCAUUAUUAUAUGCUAGGAUCCAACAGGUGAUUCUAAGAAGGCCAGAAGGAGUUAAAAUGAAGUAUGUUCUUGUGACUGGUGGUGUUAUCAGUGGUGUAGGAAAAGGAAUCAUAGCCAGCAGCUUGGGAACUUUGCUCAAAUCUCGGGGAAUACGAGUCACCAGUAUUAAAAUAGACCCUUACAUAAAUAUUGAUGCUGGAACAUUUUCUCCAUAUGAACAUGGUGAAGUGUUUGUCUUGGAUGAUGGUGGUGAAGUAGAUCUUGAUCUUGGCAACUACGAAAGAUUUUUAGAUGUAACAUUAACUAGAGACAACAAUAUAACAACUGGUAAAAUUUAUCAACAAGUAAUCAGCAAAGAGAGGAAGGGAGACUAUUUGGGCAAGACAGUACAGGUUGUACCACACAUAACUAAUGCCAUUCAAGAUUGGGUAACUCGUGUUGCCGAAACACCAGUAGAUGGGAAUGAAAAGGCAGAUGUCUGCAUUAUAGAGCUUGGGGGUACUAUAGGUGAUAUUGAAGGUAUGCCAUUUGUGGAAGCCUUUAGACAGUUCCAGUUCCGAGUGAAAAGAGAAAACAUAUGCUGCGUCCAUGUUAGUCUUAUUCCACAGCCCAAAACAACCGGGGAACAAAAGACCAAACCUACUCAGUCAAGUGUCAGGGAGCUUAGAGGACUUGGAAUCUCACCAGAUAUAAUUGUCUGUCGUAGUGUUACUCCAUUAUCUGAAUCUGUGAAGGAAAAAAUCUCUCUUUUCUGUCAUGUUGACCCUGAGCAGGUUUACUGUGUCCAUGAUGUGACCUCAGUAUUUAGAGUUCCUUUAUUGCUGCAGUCACAAGGAGCUGACGAUUUCCUUAUUAGUCGUCUCCAAAUUGAUGUCUCACAGAACAAAAAUAGACCUCAAGGAAUGACCAUGGCAAGUUGGGCUGAGCUAGCAGAUCGACAUGACAGACUUUUGAAAGAAGUUUGUAUUGUUUUGGUUGGCAAGUAUACAGCAUUAUCAGAUUCAUAUACUUCAGUCAUCAAAGCUCUACAGCAUGCAUCCUUGGCAGUUAAUCACAGAUUGGACCUCAAAUGUAUAGAAGCUGCUGAUCUAGAGCCAGCCAUGGAAAAUGAGAACCCACAAAAGUAUCAUGAAGCAUGGAGAGAGCUUGUGGGAGCCAAUGGUGUAAUUGUUCCUGGUGGUUUUGGAACACGAGGCACUGAAGGUAAAAUUUUAGCCUGCAAGUGGGCAAGAUCAAAGAACAUCCCAUUCCUUGGUGUGUGUCUGGGUUUACAGUGUGCUGUGAUAGAGUUUGCUCGCAGUGUAUUAGGAUGGAAAGAUGCUAAUUCCACAGAAUUAAAUCCAGAAUUAAGUCUGGAAAGUAAUAGUGCUGUGGUUGUAGACAUGCCUGAACACACUUCUGGAGAUAUGGGAGGAACCAUGAGGCUAGGGAAACGCAAAACUGUCUUCAGAACUGAUCAAAGUGUAAUUAGAAAACUCUAUGGAAAUCCAGAUUCUGUUGAAGAAAGACACAGACAUAGAUAUGAGGUGAAUCCAAGAGUUGUUUCUAAACUAGAAGAAAAAGGGAUGAAGUUUGUUGGACAUAGUGAAGAUGAUAAGCGGAUGGAGAUAAUGGAACUUGAAGGUCAUCCAUACUUUGUAGGAGUACAGUACCACCCUGAAUAUAUUUCUCGUCCACUGAAGCCAUCAGCUCCAUAUCUUGGCCUUCUGCUUGCCGCUUCAAACCAACUUCAGACCUAUGCCAGCCGUGGCUACAGAGCUUCUCCUAGACUCUCGGAAGAUUCAGAGGAUGGUGACAGGAUUAUUGAUGCAUCUCCCUGAACAGAACAAGAAAUAUAGUGUAGAAUUUGUGUGUGUUUCUUUUUUUCUUGUACUAUUAAAAGUUUAGUUAUAUUGGAGGACCAUUAGAAAGUGGUAAAUGAGCACAUUUUUCUGAUGCAGGUUUGCAGAAUAAAGCAUUGAAACAUGUCAUUCCAUUAUUUUUUUUAUAUAAAACAUAUCAAAUUAUCUACAUUUUACUGACUGUUUCAAAUUUCUCAACUUAAAAUUAUGUUUUAUAAAAGCUAUAAUAAACUUUUUAAAAUUUUUUUUUUUUUUUUUUUUUUGUAGAGUUUUCAUUUGUUUAGAUGAGUACUUUUUUUGUAUUAUUAUUAUUAUUGUCUUGUUUCUUUCCCAUUAAGCUUAUAUGUGUACUAAUAAUUGCCAUUGUAAAUUUUAAAUAUUCGCUAUCGUUUUACUCAAAGAAGCACAAAUAUGAGUUUGCUUUUUUAGUUACCAAUAUCAGUUAAGCUCUAUUUUUGUUGGCAUUUUAAAAGGUCUUUUGAUAUUAAAAGUAAUUCUUUACAGAUCUUUUUGAAAAUCUAUUAUUAGUGGUUAUGUUUAUUUUCCAGAUCAGAUGGUCUUUAUUAAUACUCUGCUGAUAAUUGAAAACUUUUCAUUAUUAACACUCUGAUAUUUAACACCUACUUUUUCUUCAAGUGUAACUUUUGUUGUUGUUUUUUUUUUUUUUUUUUUGUGCAUUUAUAUGGAUUUGUUGUACAGGCAGUCAUUUAAAAUAAUGUCUUGCUUUCAUUUAUGUAUUUAUAUAGCUGCAUGAUUUGACAAGUUAAGGUUUUACAAAUAACAACAGCUUUAGAUACUAGUUUGAAUUGAUUUGCUUUAUGGAUUUGUUGUAAAGGCAGCCAUUACAAAAUGACUGAUUUGUACUAUGUAGCUAUAUUGUGUUUUAACUAUGUAAAGUUGUGAUUUCAGACCUUGUGGUCUAUAGGGCAGAUGAUGUAAAGGUCAUCUGUUUCUGUGGCCUAUGGUUUACUAGGGCGUCAUGUGACCAGCACAACGACCAACCACCUUUACUUUUCUCCAACUAACGUUAGGUACCCAUUAGAGCUGGCUUGACUUAGAGGCGCCCAAAGAUCCUGAAUCCCAGUCUUCACCAAACGCUUUACCGCUCAGCCACCGCACCUCCUGUUUUAACUAUGGAUUUUUUACAAAUGACAAUAAUUCUAGAUACUUGUUAAAUUCAACAGCAUACAAUGUUACUGCAAGUUUUAAAAUAUCAUAUACAUUUGUAUAGCUCUUGGUCUUGCGUAUUUUCUAAAGCUUAAGAUAAUAUUUAGAGUUGAUAAUAGCAGUGAACAGUUUUUCAGCAGAAAAGCCACCAAAUCUUACAAAAGUUGUAUUUGUUUACUUAUUUGUGUGUCUUCAAGUGUAUCAGCUACUAUCAGUUCCUAUUUUAGAAAGAACUAAGAAUGCACAUUGUUUAUAUUUUUACCCAUUUUUUAAAGUAAGAUUAAAUAUGUGAAAGAUUUUUUUCUAGAGGACAGUAAUAAGAGGCUCUUUAAUAAUUUAAUCACAUCCAUAAGUAGUACCCACUCAGUAGGACUCUAAUCUAGAAAUUUCUUUUGUUUAUAUGUAGAAAAUAAUGUUCAUGUUGACCAUACUCAUGCGGUUGACAAGCAGGAAGUUGUGUAUUGGGUGUGAAUGAUUUUUGGCUAAAAGUUUGUAAAGAAUGAGUUAGGUUUGUAAUUAUUGGUAGGCUUGUAGUUCAUAGCUUUUGAUAUUCAUGCUUAUAAUGUCAAAACUUUUAUCUUUUUACCUACAUUUGAGACCCAUGGGGAGAAUCUGUCAGGUGCGCCUGCGUUUUUGUGAUUCACAAACUUUUUGUAAAUUGUUUUUUUUUUCUUUGGAAAAUUUUGACCACAGAUCAUUAAAAAUGUUUUUAUACAUUUUGACUUGCAACAUUAAGCAUUUGUUAACUUGCAAAAUUAAGAAUUUGUAACAUAUAAAAAAAAGACAAAGGAUUUAAGAAAUAAAUUCCUUAUAUUUAUU